CGGGUACCGAGCCCCGAGAUUGUCGUCAGUACGCCUCUGCAGCCAUUGAUCUGCGUGCUCUUAUAGACCACCCAUCCCUUGCUUUCCCGGGCAGGUACCGUACUUGCACCAUUCGAAUCCGAGUCCGUUUCCAGAUCCCACGUUUCACAAUAGAACUACAGAAUGCGUUUCUUCUGCUCGACCUGUGCGAUACUCGCUGUUGCUCUUGGCGUAACCGCUGUCAGCACAUUGAGGGAGCCGACCCCCUUACCUGAUCCGACCGAGCGCUCAGCCUCACCUCUCCCUGGUGCGGCAGUGAUACCUUUCUUCGACGUUCCAACUCUUUUCGCCAAUGCGCCAUACGCUGCCAAUCCUACUAUUAUAGAAGCCAUUCGCGCCACGCUCGCACUCUACCCGCUGGCAAUCGACGGUAAGAACUUCAAUGCUCUCGGUCAGCUUUUCGCCUCCAACGCUGUCGCAAACUACUCCGAGCCUUUGAACAUUCUUACGUCACUAUCAACCAUUCAGUCCGUAUUGCAGUCGAGCCUCGCAGCCGUGACAACACAGCAUGCGUUUGCAACGCAACUCAUCGAUGUCCUGUCUCCUACUUCGGCAUUCUCGGUGACAUACUACACGGCGACGCAUUUUGGGAGGGGACCAUUCCUUGGGCUCACGGUGACGGCUUAUGGACAGUAUCAGGAUGUGUGGGCAAAGCAGAGUGAUGCGUCUUGGAAAAUCACUCAUAGGAACUUGGUCUACAUGGGACCACUCAUCGGCAACCUCACAAUAUUCACCUUCACUGAAUAGAAGCACCGUGUUGAUAUUUAGAAAUUGAGUUAUUGUAAUCAGUUAGCCCAGGCCUCGCGAGCCUAGUAGAUACAUAAUUUUAGUAAUACUUAAAACCACUUUCUC